UCGGCCACUUAACCAACUAAGCAACCCAGGUGCCCCUGAAUAAAGUUAUUUAAGUUGAUGGCCAUUGUGUCAGUGUUAGCCAAUCGCGAUUUUUAAGAGAGCUAUAGCGAGGUCAGAGACUAUAUGUCCGAGACUUUCAAAGUUGAUGCAAGGCAAUUCUAAUUUGUUCUCUCUCAAACGUUUCCUUAGCUCAGAUUAUCUUUGAUCUAAAAGUCCCAAGAGGUUUGAGGAGAGCCUGUUCAUACCUUCCAGCUGCCUUUUUUCUGUUCUCUUCUGUCGCACACCAGUACUCUGGCAUUUGUUUGGUGCCGGGCAGAGUUCUGCCAGGCUGUGGCAGCAAAGUACUGGAAAAGUGGUCCCUGAUGUCACAUCCAUUCCUGUACCAUCAAGACAAGAAAUGGUACCCAUAAAGCGCACUAAUCGUAGCACACAAUAGCUCGGGGAGUCCUGUUACCAGCUCUAAGGCAAUGCCGGACCUUUCCUCCAUUUCAACAGUACUGCCUUAUUGCUCUGUCAGCCCGCUCGGGUGUUCCUGAUCUUACCUUUUCCCUUCCUGCUGGAAGUCUCAGAGCUAACUAUCAUGUUGAGUGGAGUUCAAGUUGUACUUCUCCACAAGCCCUGGAUCAUCUUUUGGUGACUGCUGUCCUUAAUUCCACCAGAAGAUUCCCUCCUGUUGAGAGGUACCAACCCAAAGUUUCUUUGUUGUCCCAGGUAAUCCCACCUUCAUUUUCAACAUUUGAAAUGGGUUCUUUGUCCUCCCAGAGUGGAAAUAUCCUCCUGCCCCAACGGGAACACAUGCAGGACCUCACCUACAUCUGGUGACCUGAAGCACACAUUCUUUACUCCGAAGGCACUCACAUCUCUAUAUUCUGUACUCUGGAAGCACAUGUUCUCAUUUGCAACUCCCUCCCACUCCCAGAUCCUCUGGAGUACACACACCUACGUAGCAUCGCCAGCUUCAGGAUUCGGACAGCCCAGUAAGCGCCUCAGUGGAUGGUAUCUCCCUCCGCUCACACACUCAUUCCCUCAGGAGGGGAUAUAUAUGGAAUUCCCUUUGAAGAAGAGGACAGGACCUGCUUACUUGUUCAGAUGUAGGAUUCGUAAAAGAUGGCUCUCUUGCUCCACUUUGAUGGUGUUCCUGUUUCUGGCUGCUCUGUUUUGCCUGGGGACUGUUUUCUCCUACUCUUGGGGCCCCUGGAGAACGAGAUUAGGUCAUUGUACCCCAGGUUUAUGCCUAGGAUGGAGAAAGAAGCUACUGUGAAACCAUGAGAUCUUACUGCAGCACAGAGUUCACCCUGCUUAAGGCAGAAGCUUACUUAAUCCACGCUGACAUGACAACCAUUGUCUAGGACUGCUUCCUCUCCAGGUUUGCCCUGUGGCUGGCAUUCUGUCAUUGUGGAUCCUCCUGUUUACUCAUUGCUCCAGUCACCCUAUUCUCUUUCUCUUACGAUGUCUAUUGCUGCCCUACCUAGCCAACUUUACCUGACCUUGUACCUUCUUGUGAAACAGCUCCUUCCAGCUCUGUAAGAGAUUCUGGCUUUAGGACUGAACUGGAAGGGCUGUAUUGCAUACCUCCUGUGCCGCUGUCAGGCACGAAGCUGAACUCUGCAGGAAUGCCCUAGUGCAAGGCUGGGCCCUUUUCCCACUCCAUUCUCACCUCCCCCAGGCAGCUGGGAACAACCUCUCCCUUUGUCUGAGCUUCUUGUACAGAAUAAUCCCCCUUAGGGACAAUGUAUUCUCUGUGCCCUGUGGACACAGGAGCCGUGUGAGCUGAUCCCAGCACCGGGCAGGACGGAGGCUGAAUCCUUCCAAACGCCCACCCUGGGUCAAAUCCUGAUUACUAUCCAGAGAAAUGAUUAAGGGAUGUACAUUUUCUUCCAUCUGUUCCAAAUUUGGGAGGAUAGCCUAUUGAAGUUUAACAAUGGGCCAGAGACUGCGGUCCCUUUUCGGAUCACUCCUGAGAGUUCAUCAUGCCAACCCAUGGAGGCUUGAUGUCGCUCUGGCUUGAUGGCCUCAAACACGGGGAACACUCGGAAAGAAUUUGCUGCUCUUCACGUGGGGCUUUCUAGUUGAAACAGAAGGUACCCUCUCCAGCCCAUCUGAUGGGGGCCAUGGCGCCCAUCCCUUCAAUGUGUGUAUGUGUCCCACAGGACAUUCUUUUUCUCUGCCUCUCUUUUCCCCUUUAACUUCUCUCUCUCUUGUUCUUGAACUCCUGUGAGUCACUGAGGCAGAGCUAGAUCUCUAUAAUGGUCUCUACAUGAGAUCACAAGCUCUCAAGUGCCACCUACCAUUUGGACAUGGCAGCUUCCCCAAGUGCAUUAUGGACAAGACCGCGAAUAUUUUGCAGGAAACCCAGGGCCACGCAGAUGCCAUUUGGUAGGACUUGGGGCUAGAUGAUCUCUCUCAGAUAUUGGAAGAUGCUUUCUCCUAGGACCGGGACAGGAACUGUGCGAAAUGAGCCUUGACGGACGCCGAAUCCAAAACCCCUCCAGUAGUGCUCUCAGAAUGGUGUGUGCACACGAAUCCUUAGCCAGGAUGGAGGCAGUUGUGAACUUGUACCAGGAGAUGAUGAAGUAUGCAGAUCCUCGGGUCCAGGGCUACCCUCUGAUGGGGUCCCCCCUGCUAAUGACCUCCAUCCUCCUGACCUACGUGUACUUCGUUCUCUCACUUGGGCCUCGCAUCAUGGCCAAUCGGAAGCCCUUCCAGCUCCGGGGCUUCAUGAUUGUCUACAACUUCUCCCUGGUGGCGCUCUCCCUCUACAUUGUCUAUGAGUUCUUGAUGUCUGGCUGGCUGAGUACCUACACCUGGCGCUGCGAUCCUGUGGACUAUUCCAACAGCCCGGAGGCACUAAGGAUGGUUCGAGUGGCCUGGCUCUUCCUCUUCUCCAAGUUCAUCGAACUGAUGGACACGGUGAUCUUUAUCCUCCGGAAAAAAGACGGACAGGUGACCUUUCUCCAUGUCUUCCACCACUCAGUGCUUCCUUGGAGCUGGUGGUGGGGGGUAAAAAUUGCCCCAGGAGGAAUGGGCUCUUUCCACGCCAUGAUCAACUCCUCUGUGCAUGUCGUCAUGUACCUGUACUAUGGGUUGUCUGCCCUUGGCCCUGUGGCUCAGCCUUACCUGUGGUGGAAAAAGCACAUGACAGCCAUCCAGCUGAUCCAGUUCGUCCUGGUCUCCCUGCACAUCUCCCAAUACUACUUCAUGCCUAGCUGUAACUACCAGUAUCCAGUCAUUAUCCACCUCAUCUGGAUGUACGGUACCAUCUUCUUCGUGCUGUUCUCCAACUUCUGGUAUCACUCCUACACCAAAGGCAAACGGCUCCCCCGUGUACUUCAGCAAAAUGGAGCUCCAGGUACUGCCAAAGUCAAGGCCAACUGAGAAACAUGGCCUACCUAGGCGCCCACCUAAGUGCCUCAGGACUGUGCCUUCGGCAGCAUCUGACAUUUUUCUUCCCACCUAUACCCGUGACCAGGGCUUAUGUGGUCAGGACUGAGCAGGGGACAGGUCCUCCCCUCCCCACAGCUGGUACACAGGGACCACAGCUUCCGUUCCUCACCCACUUCUCCUGGCCAGCUCCAAGGAUGUGGCCUCAUUGCCCUCUGCCACUCUGGAGCUGGGGGCUUGAAAGGGCUGGAUACUUAUUUCCCCCUCCCUGCCUUAAACUUGGGAGAGGAGCACUCAGGACUGGCCCUCAACCAGGGUCUUGUGGCCUUUUUCCUCACACUGAAGAGGUCAGCAAUAAUCUGUCACUGUGGACCCAGGAUCCCUCCUCUACCCACGCUGAAGCAGAAGCUUCUUGGCCAAAGGUCAGGGUGGGUGGGGGGCCUGGGAAUACAGCCUGUGGAGGCUGCUCCCUCGCUUAUGUCUCCAUUAAAAGUGACAGAGAAAACCA